UCUUCUUAUCAUUCAUCGUUUUAGUCGAAAGAGUUGGUUAGCACUUCAGAAGUUAAAUUGAGUUUCUUUUUUCACUCUGUGGACGCCAAUUCUUGAAACAUUAUAGACCCACAAACUCCUUUCUUGCUCCUGUGUUCUUAAUUAGAUUUAGAGACCCAACAACCCCCCCUGAUCAGUCAGUAAAUAAUGAAGCUGGAAUCUUUUGGAUAUCCAAGUAAAUAGGGUUUACUUUGUCCACUUAUCAUUUUUUUUCAGUCGAGUCCUUAUUUUGUUAGCUUGAGCUUGAAUAAUCCCCAGAUUGAUAUAGGAGGAAUAUUUUAGUUUUAUGACUCCUUUUUAGAAUCUUUUGUGGAUGUAUUAGGCUUUGUUGCUACAGUUAAAAUUUAGCUCAAGAAACUCAACUAGGUGGACUUGGAGGUAUUUUACUUGGUUGAGGAAUGAUGGAUUAUGGGCUUUUAUAAGUCUGAUGUGGCAAUGGGGAGCCCAUCUAGCCCUGCAUUUGGUUUGGAUGAAAGAAAAGAUUUUCCACCAGUUGAGAGCAAUGAUGAUCAUGGUUAUUUUGACGAAGAGCUCACGACAGACAUGGAUAUGUAUGUCGCUGAAGAUGAUAAAUGCUUAGGGCAUUCAAAUGGAGAACAAACAUCAAGUGACAAUGCUAUUGAGCCACAGAUUGGCAUGGAAUUCAACUCCAGAGAUGAUGCUAGAGACUUUUACAUGGCAUAUGGCAGGCGGAUAGGCUUUACCGUGCGGAUUCAUCAUAAUCGGCGGUCUCGGAUCAAUAAUGUGGUUAUUGGACAGGAUUUUGUCUGCUCGAAAGAAGGUUUUCGUGAGAAAAAAUAUAUUCAUAGGAAAGAUAGAGUUCUUCCUCCGCCACCUGCAACUCGAGAAGGCUGUCCUGCCAUCCUGAGAGUAGCUUUAAGGGAAAGCAAGUGGGUUGUCACAAAAUUUGUAAAAGAGCAUAAUCACGCUUUAAUGUCGCCGAGUAAAGUUCCGUGGCGAGGAUCUACAAGAAAAUUGGUCAGUCAGGAUGAGAAGGAUCAAAGAAUUCGAGAGCUGACCCUUGAACUUUAUAAUGAGAGGCAGCGAUGUAAGCGGAGGUGUGCAGCUUACCAAGAACAACUACAAACAUUGUUGAAAUUCAUUGAGGAUCACACUGAUCAUUUAUCAAGAAGUGUUGAAGAAGCAGUCCAGCGAGUGAAAGAACUUGAGAAUGAACAGCUAGAGGAAUCAGAUUAGCAUACCAAUAGUUUGUACACAUUUUUUUCUCUCUCUGAUUCUAACUUGUUACUCUAGGACAAAUAGGAGUUAUUUUGAUCUGGGGUUGAGCUACUUGAAUGUAAGGGCCCAAGAAACUCCGUAUUGUAUCAUCAUUUGCAGGAAUUCAGUUGUAAUUGAAUAAAUAAAGUAGCCUUAAAGACAAAGACGUUUUCAUCUGUU